CACAUUGUGUGUGGUAGAGUAAUGGCGUGCCAUUCCGCACAAAUAGUGCGCUGUUGAAAUUUUUUCUUGCUGACAACAAACGCUGCCUAAUUCACGACGGAAAUAAUAAGAAUAGUGAAUAAUGACAACUUAAGUGUGAAUAUAUAGUGUUUGUAUGGUGCAUUUGUCGUUAAAGCCAAUCGUGUUUGUGUUUUAACAGUUCGGCCUCAACUGAUAGAGUUUGGCAAAUUUUUUUUUGUACCGCUGGCUGCUGCUCCUAUAUUGUGAAAAUUACAGCAUAUUGUCGUCUAAAGAGAGGAGAGGAGUACGGAAAGUGUGCAAAGCGGAAGAGUGAAAAGAGAGAUUUUUAGCAGCUGCCAACAAAUGGCGGACAUUGUUUAUCCCAACGGCUGUCGGCCGUUGGUUGAGGAUCUGGGCACCGAUGAACUUAUACGCCGUCUCAAGACUUUGGCAAAUGUGCUGCAGACCAUGGACCAGGAUGAUAAUCUGCAUCAGCAGUAUAUACCGCUGGCACUGCAUCUGCUGGACGAUUUCUUUAUGCAGCAUCAGUCGCGAGAUGUUCAAUUGCUGAUUGCCUGCUGCAUAGCGGAUGUGUUGCGUGUCUAUGCGCCCGAAGCGCCGUACAAGGAGCAAGAUCAGAUUAAGGCGAUCUUCAAGUUUUUCAUCAAACAACUCCAUGGUCUAAAGGAUCCGCGUGAUCCCUCGUUCAAGCGGUACUUCUACUUGCUGGAAAAUCUUGCCUUUGUCAAAUCAUUCAAUAUGUGUUUCGAACUGGAGGAUUGUCAGGAGAUAUUUCACGAACUCUUCAGCACUGUCUUUAAGAUCAUCAAUGAUCAGCACAGCGUUAAAGUGAAGAACUUUUUCCUUGAUGUGCUAAGUCCACUGAUAACCGAGGCAGAUAAUCUGUCUGUUGAACUGUUGGAUCUUAUACUGAUUAACAUUGUGGAGCCCAACAAGUCGGCCAACAAGCAUGCCCAUGAGCUGACGGAGCAACUGCUGGUCAAAACUGGCGAUGCGUUCGAGGCAACCAUCAAAUUGUUCUUCAACCGAUCAUUGGUAAUGGACAAGCCAAAUAUGAAGCUGGCCAUUACAAGCAAGAUUUACGACAUCAUCUAUGAGCUUAACCAAAUCAAUAGUGAUCUGCUGAUUUCCGUGUUGCCGCAACUGGAGAACAAGCUCCUCUCCACGGACGAUGCUGAGCGGCUGAGAGCCACAACGCUGCUAGCGCGCAUGUUUUCCGAGAAGGACUCUGAAUUGUCCACAAAGUAUCCGCAGCUAUUGCGUUCGUUCCUUGGUCGCUUCUGCGACAUUACCGAGCCAGUGCGAGUCAAAUGCGUUCAAUCGUCAAUGCACUUUCUGCUUAAUCAUCCACAUCUGCAGUCAGAAAUAACCCAAAAGCUGCGCAUGCGUCAUCACGAUCUGGACGAGCUGGUCCGCCAUGAGGUUGUCAUGGCCAUCGUGGAAACUGCCAAACGUAAUUUUGACAUUGUCGUCAAAUCACCGGAACUGCUUGAAAUUGUGCGUGAGCGCACAAUGGACAAGAAAUACAAGAUACGCCGUGAUGCGAUGAAUGGGCUGGGCUACAUUUACAAGCGGGCUAUAUGCGAGCCAAACGAUUUGAGUCCCGAGGUUAAACAGCAGGUGGACUGGAUCAAGAAUAAGAUUAUGCAUGGCUAUUACAAACUGUGCCUGGAGGAUAAGUUGAUGGUGGAGCGUCUGCUUAUUACGUGCCUGGUGCCAUAUAAACUGGCGCCAGAGGAGCGCAUGAAGAAGCUUUAUCAUCUGCUCGGCGAUCUAGACACAAAUGCCACCAAGGCCUUUGUUGAACUGCAAAAGAAUCAAAUGAAAUCACGUCACACGGUCAGCGAUUGGAUCAAGUUGCAUCACUCCAAGGAAUUCACACCACGCGUCCUCAGCCAGCUGGCCGCCAAGCAGGCUAAUAUUGCCAAAUUGCUACCGGAUCCGUUGAAAGCUAGUGAGUUUAUCACUCAGUUCAGUCAACAUCUGCGCAAGGAUGCACAACUCCUGCGCUGCAUAAACAUUGUACUGAAACGCGAUGUCAGCUGUCGCGAAUGCGCCGACACAAUGAGCGUGCUGCUCAAGAAACUGGGCGCUCACGUCAUGACGAAUCUUUACUAUAAUACAGUAAAGAUGCUCAUCGAGCGCGUCGCCUCCGUUAUGGUGGACAAAGAGUCGAUUGGUGUACUUAUCGGCCUGAUCGAGCAGUGCAUUCAGGGCGGUGAGAUUUGCAACGAGAUCGGAAUUUCACGACACGAGGCUGGCGAACGCGGCCUCAAGCUAUUAAGCAUGUUAUCUUAUGUGUUUUCGGCCCAUUUCUUUACCGAUACGUCGCUGCGACAUCUGAUUGCUCUACUGCGCUUCGAGCACGAAUAUGUAGCACCGCUUGUGCUGAAAACGCUAACGCACUUGGGUCGUUAUCAGCCGCUCAUUGACGAUGGCAAUCCCGCCAUUUUGGUCGAGUUGGCACCCAUUUGCAAGGACUUUGCGCUGAUGGGUACGCCGAAGCAGGCAAAGCAUGCGGUUCGCUGCAUCUUCGUCAAUAGCCAGUCAUCGUCGACGGCGACGACAGAUGGCGGCGGCAGUGCCUCAACUACCACCCAAACAGUGCAUCCCAUUUUCAAUGAGAUCAUCGAGGAUUUGCGUAUUAAACUGGCGCCCAAUUGUGAAUAUCAGCGUACAAAGAUUGUCACAUUGGGUCACAUAGCACUCAAUAUGCCGCAGGCAUUCCUAACGCCCGUUAAAAACAUGAUUGCGCGUCGCAUUGUCAAGGAGCUGCUCAUCCAGGAGGUGCCGGCACAGCGCGAUGUCGAACUGCCCGAGAGCCACUGGUGCGAGGAGGAUGAACUGCCACCGGAUACACUCUGUAAGCUAGACGCUCUCAAGACUAUGGCACGCUGGCUACUUGGCCUGCGCUCGGAUGAGCAUGCAGCGCAAAAGACAUUCCGCAUGCUGGCGGCUUUUGUGACUCAACGAGGCGAUUUACUGGCCCAGAAUCGACUGUGCAGUGCCGAGAAAUCGUGGCUGCGUCUGGGCGCCGCCUGCGCCAUGCUUAAGGUGUGCGAACAAAAGGGCGUCGGCGAUCAAUAUAGUGCCGAGCAGUAUUUACAGCUCUCCCAGCUGAUGGAGGAUCCAGUGCUGGAGGUGCGUGAGAUCUUUGCUCGUAAACUGCACAAGGGGCUGGGCAGAAGUCUUCCGCGCAAUUGCUUGCCAUUGGACUUUAUGGGCUACUAUGUGCUGAGCGGCAAGGAGACCAACAGAAAAUUGCAAGAUCAGGUGCGUCACUAUGUGGAGGCAGAUGUGAAUAAGCGAAGGGAAUAUCUCAAGACUGUGGCCAUGACGUCACCAGACAGUUCGACAGAAUCGCAAUCGCUCCAUAUUUUACCUGACUACAUGCUGGCUUUUGCCAUACCGGUGCUGGUGCACGAUCCCAGUUUCACGAACCACGAGGACUAUGUGCAGUUGCGCCGUAUGGAGAAGUGUUUGCGUUUCGUGCUCGAGCCGCUGAUGGCGAAACGCGAAUCGUUUGUUUACGGUUUUUACAAUCAGCUGCUGCAGUUGAUCAAAAAUCGCGAGUUUAGCCAGGGUUCGGAUAAGGAUAGAAUGCAAAAUAACUACAAAAUGUGGGCGCUCUGUGAUCUCGCCAUGCACAUAAUCGAUGCCAAAGUUGGUCAAUGUGAUGGCAAUUCGAGCGCAUUCUCAAUGCCACUGGCGCUGCCUGAAAUGUACUAUAAACUGCCCGCCGUUGCAAAUUUCCAGAACACCGAAAUCUACAUACCUCUGGACAUCUACACACUGAGCGCCAAAACGAGCAAAGCGUCUGCGACGAUGACAACGGCCGGCUCACAUGUGAAUGCUGCUGCUUCCAAGCGAACUGCUGCCGCAUUGGCAAUCAUGGAUGAUGACAAUUCACAGGAGAACAAUCUAUUCGACAACAUACGUGCCGCCGACACAACGGAGCCGAUGACUAAGCGAACGCGCGGCGGCGCCGCAGCGCCAGCCAAAUCGUAGAGCAAAAAGAAGGAGGCGCGUACUUGUUAGUUUAGUGUUAGGUUUUAGGUCCUAAGUUAACUAAAUAUGUAAGACGUAGUUGGGUACUACGAUUAGAAUACAAUAACACAGAAACAACACACACGGAACAACAAGAAACCCCUCAGCCGACACACCUACACAGCUGUAUCCUUGAAAUAAUUCUAACAUCUCUCUUGAGUGUGGAUGAAACAAAAGAAACCAGAAAAAAAAGAACAGAACAGACCAAUCAACCAACAUGGCAUAUACCAUUUUUUUUAAAUGUGUCGCCUGAUUUGUUAAUUUUUAGUUGUAAUUUAUGAAAGAGCCGAGUUUUAUCAUUUUAUUAUUCUAUUAUAUAUUUUAAAUUGUCUCCUGUUUCGUAUUAUGCUCCUUUCGGCUUGUUUGAAUUGUCAAAACUAAUGCAUUAUUUUAAACGAACCUUUUUUUUAAGAUAUGUAAUUCAAAAACAAUCGAAUAAAGCAAAAAAAAAAAAAAGCUAGAAUGCAAAUUAGUUGAAGAGUAUGCCCCGACGAAAAGUAACAGAGCCUUAUUAAGAAAUUAAUAUUAACUUUUCUAUGAGCGCAGUAAAAAUUUAGUUAAAAUAAAAUGCGUGAUUAAUCAUAACAUAUACUUUACAUAAACAUAUACACAUACAU